AGCGACGGCGGUGGAGGGGCCGACAGAUCUGUGGAACCUGUGCCUUCGGAACGUCGGUGGGAGGUGGCGCGUCGUGGGGUGGGGCGGGCCUGAGAGGGAACGCUCCGGGGCUUGGUGGCCCUUCCGUCCCCUGGCGGUCCCUGCCCCUCUUUCCCCUGGGCCAGCGUCCGGGAUGCAGACAUCAGAUCGGGACCUGAGUGGGCCAGAGGUGAGCCCCAGCGUGAUGCCGGAGGUUCUUGCCGACUGCCCACCUGCCCCCACCAAGUCAACAGCGUUUGACCUUUUCAACCUGGUUCUGUCCUACAAGAGGCUGGAGGUCUACCUGGAACCCCUGAAGGACGCAGGUGAUGGUGUUCGAUACUUGCUAAGGUGGCAAAUGCCUUUGUGUUCCUUGAUGACAUGCCUGGGCCUCAACAUCUUGUUCCUCACUUUGAACGAGGGUGCCUGGUACUCCAUGGGUGCCUUGAUGAUUUCGGUGCCCGCUCUGCUGGGCUACCUUCAGGAGGUUUGCCGGGCACAGCUGCCAGAGUCUGAGCUGUUGCGGAGGAAGUACCACAGCAUAAGGCAGGAAGACCUACAGAGAGUUCGCCUUUCCCGCCCUGAGGCUGUGGCUGAGGUGAAGAGCUUCUUGAUCCAACUGGAAGCCUUCCUGACCCGCCUGUGUGGUACCUGUGAGUCAGCCUACCGUGUACUGCACUGGGAGAACCCCAUGGUGUCCUCACAGUUCUAUGGCGCACUUCUGGGCAUGGUUUGCAUGCUCUACCUGCUGCCUCUCUGCUGGGUCCUUGCCCUUUUAAACAGCACGCUCUUUCUGGGAAACGUGGAGUUCUUCCGAGUGGUGUCUGAGUAUAGGGCUUGUCUGCAGCGGCGGAUGAACCCCAAGCAGGAAGAGUGUGCCUGUGGGAGCUCGUCACUGCAGGACGCUGGGGGAAGGAGUACGCUGCUGGACAGCACACCGGCCCCCACACCCACAGAGGACCUCACGCCAGGCAGUGUGGAAGAAGCUGAGGAGGCUGAGCCAGAUGAAGAGUUCAAAGAUGCAAUUGAGGAGACCCACCUGGUGGUGCUGGAGGAUGAUGAGGGCACCCCGUGCCCAGCAGAGGAUGAGCUGGCCCUACAGGACAAUGGGUUCCUCAGCAAGAAUGAGGUGCUGCGCAGCAAGGUGUCACGGCUCACAGAACGGCUCCGCAAGCGUUAUCCCACCAACAACUUUGGGAACUGUGCAGGCUGCGCUGCCACCUUCUCGGUGCUGAAGAAGAGGCGGAGCUGCAGCAACUGUGGGAACAGCUUCUGCUCUCGGUGCUGCUCCUUCAAGGUGCCCAAGUCCUCCAUGGGGGCCACAGCUCCUGAAGCCCAGAGAGAGACUGUGUUUGUGUGUGCCUCCUGUAAUCAGACCUUGAGCAAGUGAGAAGAGGAGAGGAGAGGAGAGGAGAGGAGAGGAGAGGAGAGGAGAGGAGAGGAGAGGAGAGAAGAGAAGAGAAGAGAAGAGAAGAGAAGCCAGGCUUCCCCUGUCCUGGGGCUAGCAGUAGACCCUACUCUCCCACCCUGCUCCUCUGAGGCGUGUGCUGGGCAAAUGUAGCCUGAUAGCUAGAUCCUUCUUGCCCUUCCCCUGCUGCCUCCAGCUGGGCUGGUGAUGCUUUAAGGCUCCAGGGGAGAGGAACCCUUGGAGCUGUUUGCCCUGCCUUGUGCCCCCCCCCGCCCCUCGUUGACUCAGGGCUAGCCAGGGAAAUGUCUACCAGGAGCAGAAUUGAGCUUAGCCUGCUCCCAUCUGGGCUCUGAUGGUCAAGGCCGAAUUGACUAGGCCUUAGGAUCCAAGAACCUGAAGUGGGAAAAGAGGUUCUUCCCUGUUGAGUACCGGGCAUCUAAGCCCCAGAGAACCUGCAGGAGGACUUGGAACACCAUGGACUUUGCCCUUUAGAUAGCUCCCAGGUACCCAGAGGAGAGUGCAUAUGAGGGCGCUGGUCAUGUCCUUCAGUCCAGUGGAUGGCAGCAUGGGAAGCCCCGCCUACAGACUCUUAUCUCCCACGAUUCUCUGUGUCCUCAGCUCUGCUGGGAUGACUGUGGGACCCUCACAUCCUCCUACUCCUGCCCUGGGUCUAGUGCACCCCACCUCUCCCUAGCCCUUCUCCCGUAGAACAUGAGGCCAGGGGAGUGGAGCAGAGAUUCUGAAAGCCGUGGCCUCUGAGGUCCAGGAAAGUAUAGGACCUGGAUGGGCUGGCUCUCAGAGUCCAGGACUGUUCCUGGAGAACAGUGUCCAUUGUGGGAUAAGGUCACAUGGUCAGUUUUAUGUCCCCUCUGAUCUACCAAGGGGGCCCUGUGCCUCCUAAGCCGUGAGCUGGCUCAGGCCCCCCUCCCUGGAGCUGCCGGUCUUUUCAAAGUAUUUAUUUAUUUAUUUCGUGGUUCCUGGGAGCAUGCAGUGCAGGGGUGAGGUGAAGACGAUGCCGGCUUCUGCCUGAAACCCUUGUGAGAAUCUUCCCUUGGGGCUGCACUGCGGGGCCUCGCGGCUGCCGCAGGGGAGCUGUUCUGUUGCCUGAGCAUGAGCUUGCUGGAAGCUGGGUGUGGGGUGCAUGACUCUGGUCCGAAGCUCUCUGCUAAUCAGGCAUACACAGAGCGGUGAGGGUUUGGCAGUGGGGACCAAGCAGCCGAGGUGUACCCUUAGUCCUGGUGCGAGGACGCUACCUCCAUGCUUAUUUACUUACACUGGAGAGCAGAAAGGAGCUCUGUAUGGAGAAUUGCCAAUAAAGGCCCCAAGCUUAA